AUGCAACUCGCUCUGGACAAGGGGCCCCACCUGUUGAGGUUACUCCAGGAGACUGAAGGACCCCAAGCUAAGUUCAAGUCCUUACGCCUAGUGCACGUGAAAAGAGAUUUCAACGCUGCUGCCGACUACAUCUCCAAGCGAGUCAUCCAGGACCAGUCAUCAUUGGAGGUCACGGACCCCGGGGAACGCAAGUUACUCCAAGGCCUGAACCGGACCCACGAAAAACUGAUGAAGGACCCGAACCCCCGGGAACAAUCGCUAGUGGAGUUCACGUUCUUAGCCACGGCCCGAAAUAUAUCCAAGCACUUCCCAAGAGGCUUAGAAGGCGACGUGUUCGCGGUGAUGCGCUCGAAGUCCAAGCAGGUCAAGGCCACGGAGGAAUUGGUUCUGGGAACCGAAGCCGACGAAUCUGGAACCAACAACCCCGGAGCCGUCGACCCCAGGUCCAAUGCCUCCGGAAUCAACGAGUCGGGAACCGAUGGUCCCGGAACCGAUGACCCCGGAACCAACGAGUCGGGAACCGACGGUCUGGAGGACGAGCCGACAGCCGCUCCCCGGAACUCCGACUGCCAGGACUCUGAAGAAGACCCUGAAGACUUCGUCCGGGGCGAGACCGAGCAGUUGUCCCUGAGACAAACGACGCACUUGGCCAAGAUAGCGGACCGGUUUGUGUUGGACUCCCAGGACGCCUUGUUCUAUGUGAGUCGGAACACCCCGGAAUGUCCCCGAGACGCCGCAGACCGUCUCCGCAUGGUAGUCCCCCGGGAUCUCCAGGAGGACAUUCUGCAUCACUGUCACGCGGACUUCCAAGGUGCUCAUCAGGGGAUCAUCCUGACCUACGAGAGAUUGUGCAAGGAAUUCUAUUGGAUCGGCAUGUUCAAGGACACCGAACGAUACGUCAAAGAGUGCAUCGACUAUGUCACGGCUAAGGGACUACCCCGGAAACCGGGCCCGUCGCCCGAUAACCUGCUGGCUACGCGACCGUUCCAGGUCGUCUCCAUGGACUUUGUGUUACCUCUACCUCGGUCUGCCCGGGGAAAUACGGCGCUGCUCCUGUUCCAACGCGCAUUUUCGGGAUUCAUCAGGUGCAAGGCUAUGGCGAACACCGAAGCCCAAGAUGUGUCUGAAGCCGUGUUCCGGAGCGACUGGGACGAGCUAGCCGAAAAGCUCAUGUGGGCGCUGAACACCUCUUUCGACUUCACCCGACUCGACACGCCGUUUUACUUGGUGCACGGUUGGGACGUCCAAGGUACGGUCGAGACCCUGAUGGGAGACGUUCCCCGAGACGUGCAGCUUAUGGACGCCCAGGAAUGGCGCACAAAGGUGCAACGCCAGAUGGAAUACGCGAGAGCCUGGGCCCGGGACCUCCAAGAAAAAGCCAAGAAGAGCUGA